AUGGACCAAGUAAGUACUGAUUUACAACUGCCUACCAUUUCAAGUCCUCGUAAAGUCUCAUUCCUACAAGAAUGUAACUUUUACAUACAUAUUUAAUAUUUGUUACCUAAUAUAUGAAUAAUUGUUUUAUUUUUAGAUCAUGAAACCUUUAUCUAGAGCUUUAGAUAUAUUACAGGGUGAUAAAAAUGUAUCAUUAGGAUAUUUGCUCCCCACGAUUAAUGCUCUUCAAAAAUCUUUAAGUGAAAUGAACAAUAUUAUUUUUUGCAAACCACUUGUGAAUUCUUUUCAACGAGGAUUAAAUAAAAGGUAAUAUUUCUGUUUAAAAUAGUACUUAACUAAGUAACUAAAUGCUUGAAAUGCUUAAGAAAAUGAUAAAAACAUAAUUUUGUGUUAAUUAAAUUAGGUAUUUGUAUUACAUAAUAAUUAAUAUACCAACACUAGAACCAGAAUUUUUAUUUUAUUUUUUAAUAACUAUAUUUUAAUAAAUGUAAAUACCAUGCAUUUUGUUUUAAAACUUUUAAUAAUUUAUGGUUCUUAUUAUCAAUAUUUUUGUCAAAAUAGUGGAAAAGUUAAAUGCUGUAUUCUAAUAUUGUCUCAAAAAGAUAAAUUAAAUUAAUUGUUAGAUAGUCAUUAUUUUAAUUUGUUUUAUACGUAAUUCAAUUAAUAUAUAUUUAAAAUAAGUAAAUAUAAAAAUUGUAUUGAAAUAACUUCAUAAAAUCAUUUAUAUUUUAAUUUUUAGAUUCAUGAUAUACAUGCAGUCCAAGAUGUGCCAAAUUGCAGCUUAGUUAAUUGUUUAGUUCCAAAAUUUAAAUUAAAUUGGGUUACAGAAGAAGAACAGAACGGCAUUAAGAAUACUUUUAUAGANGUUUUGGGGAAAAUAGUUCUGAUACAAAUGUUGAUAUCAAACUUCUGGUCAAUAAUUAUUUGUCUAAUGGAAAUUUAAAAUCUCCAUUAGAAAUGCCAAUCAUCCUUAAGGAUAUGUAUAUUAAAUAUAAUACCGUACCUUCUUCUGCACAUGUGGAACGGUUAUUCAGUGCUGGAGGUCAGUUGUUGAGCAAAAAAAGAGGAUCAAUGGCAGACCAAAAUUUUGAGAUGUCGUUAUUAAUGAAAUUUAAUAG